AUGGAAGGGGCAUCUGCAGAGCUUAAGAAGGUUUCUCGCAUGGAUGUAGUCUACGAAUAUUCCAAGUGGCAAUGUGCACCGGAGUGUCAAGGUUCGUGGUUCGAGUGUGCAACUCAGGUGCUCGACCAGAACGGUGUGGAACCAGUCGAAUUUGCUAGCUCUGUGCGUGAACUUUUAACAAACGCCCGUGGUAAAAACCGCAAUCUAUUUAUCACUGGCCCAACAAAUUGCGGCAAAACAUUCCUUUUGAAACCACUACAAACUAUGUUCAACACCUUUAGCAACCCUGCUAACGACAAGUACGCUUUUGUUGGCAUAGCGGACGCGGACAUAAUGUUCUUAAACGACUUUCAAUGGGACAGGGAAAUGAUACCAUGGAGGGAUUUGUUGUUAUUGGAAGGCCAGCCGGUGCACUUUCCUAUGCCGAAGAACCAUUACAAAGAUGACAUUUAUCUGACACGCGACACCCCAAUUUUUGCAACUGGUAAAGCUGUUACCACUUUCAAAGGUCCCUACAAUGCUCGCGACCCGACCGAAGAUGAAAUGAUGGUGAGUUGA